UCCCCGGCUGUUCUCCCCCUGCUCAUUUGCCGUUGCGUCCUUGCGGUGCCUGUCUAGGGUUUUCUCCGUCGCCGGAAAAUGGAUGCCCUGGACUCCGUUGUCGACCCGCUUAGGGAAUUCUCUAAGGACAGCAUUCGCCUCGUCAAGAGAUGCCACAAGCCAGAUCGCAAGGAGUUUACGAAAGUGGCGUUCCGGACAGCGAUCGGGUUCGCGGUGAUGGGAUUCGUGGGGUUCUUUGUCAAGCUGAUUUUCAUUCCCAUCAAUAAUAUCAUCGUCGGAUCUGGUUAGGAACGACAUACGGGCUGGAAGCAUUUCGGAGAAUAUGAAAGGAUGUAUCUGGUUGAAUCACUCCGGGAUCAACUCUACUUUUUGACAGCUUUUGUAUUCUGUAUAAUGAACUUAUUUUGCAGAUCUUAGAGUCGAAAAUAUGGAUUCAUAUUUACCUAA